ACAAUGUUUUUGUCAUUUUCUUGUCUGUCAUUUUUCAUCAUUUUUAUUGGAUGGACGUGAUCAGAAAUUGGUGAGUGUGACAAUUGAAAUGUUCGUGUUUUCUGAUCUCACAAUGUUUUUGUCAUAUUCUUGUCUGUUAUUUUUCAUCAUUUUUAUUGGAUGGACGUGAUCAGGAAUCGGUGAGUGUGGGACAGUUGAGGUGUUGAUGUUGUGAUCUCACUUGUUUUCAUUUUCCUGCUUUGCGUUUUGUCCAUUUUUAUUGUCUGGACGUCAGUCAGAGGGAACAGCAACUGAGAGUGGGACGAAAUUAGAAAUUUCUAAUCCUGAUGAGGUGUCACAUCGCACUGAUGAUGAUGUUGGCACGGAAUUGAAUACUGAUGACAGCAACAUCUCUGCUGAUGUGGAACCACUGGAGCCAAUUGCAACACUGGAAAUGACUGUUGGUCCUGAAGGUGGAUGCUUUAGCUCAGGCAGUUUGUCUAUUUUGGUUCCCGACGGUGCUGUGAGUGAACCAGUCAACUUACGAAUGCUUAUGUACAUUGAUGAAAGACUAAUGCCGCCAUCCACUAAAGCCAAUGAUGGAUACAUUUUGAGUCCACUAUUUGUCUUCGAGCCCCAUGGAUUAACAUUUUCGAAACUUGUUGAUGUACGUUUCCCUCCUCCAGUUGAUUCCAAGGGAUGGCAUUUGUCACUCAUGAGAGCUAGGUGUGAUACUUCCACUUUAUCUCAAUUAUGGCAGCCGGAAGCCAUAGUGACAUUUAAUUCUGAUUUGGACCAAGUGAAUGUGGAGGACCCAGAUUGUAAAUAUGACCUUGACAGCGGUACUUUGAGUGUGAAACACUUCUGUUGGCACUGGUGGUUUGGAAAACCUGCUGACAUCUUUAUGGCUUCGAAGACUAUGCUUUUUUCUGUGUUUGGUUAUCGGCAAAGAAGUUGGUCAAACGUUUGGAAUCUCACUAUUCAUUACCAUGAUAACUGUAAUGAACUUAUUGAGCGGAUGAUCAGUAAGGAAGAACGAUUAUCGCCAAAGCGUCACGUCUUGCGUCUAAGUCGAGAAGUAAAAUUGAAGUUUGAAGGCGAUAUUGAAUUUAGUAUUACAAGUGGUGAUUGGAGAGCUAUCACACAACUACCGACCAUACCUGCUGCUGACUUUUGGCACAAAUGGAUAUGCUUAGACAAGGAAAUUGAUGUCACUGUGCAGUUUGAGCAUGGUGAUGACCACCCUACAAACAUCUGCAAUGUUGAUGUUAAGCAGGGUGAUCAACAAGUCAGUUUAGUGAUAUCGCCUUGUCUUGUCGAGGACAGCCAAGAAGAUGAAGCCACUGAAAUGGAACAGUCACUGGCGUCAGAAGCAAGCAGUAAAUGCACGGAAAGUGAUAUUGUGAAAGUUGCUAACAAAUUUUCUGAUUGCUGGAAAAAGCUUGUGCUAAAUUUGUCACCUGUCUUUUUCAUGACCAAGUUAUCUACGAUCGAAAAAGAAAACAAAAAUGAUUGUUUUAUGCAAACUGUAACAGCAUUGCGAAUGUGGACUAGUGAAUUUGGUGCCAGAACCACCAAGGAAGCAAUGAUCUCAGCUAUGUGUACCAUCAGCUGCAGAGCUCAGGCUGAAGAAGUUUUCGGCAGGAGUUUGGUGGAGCAUGUCUGCCCACCUCAGUGAUUUGGUUUCUAUUUACUGUACUGUACAUUAUUAUUACGAAAUAGUCUCUUGUUGCUUUCUGUGUAUUCAAGGUACACUAACCAGUAAAAAUGCAGUGUUUCUACACAUUUUUAUCUAUGGUAUAAUAUGAUGCUAAUAAUUGUGCAUUCUAACUAGAAACUCUGAUUUUAAAAUUGUGUACACUGUCAUCCAUUAGAAGCUACUAGAAAGAUACCUUGCUGUUUAUAAGUGAAUUGAUUGUAAAAGUUUAACGGAGUAAAUUAAGAGUAAGAACA